AUGACAAAUAUUCCUGAUAUGAGUGUUCGUUACACAUCUAGUAGAGGUCGUGCUUAUCACCAAAGAGAUCACAUUACUAUUGAGCAUCAUUUUCAGGUUGAUAUUUUUACAAUUAUAUGGGAUUCUCAAUUGCAAGAAUUGAACAAUAGAUUCAAAGAAGAUGUGAUGGGGUUGCUUAUUCUUAGCUUUGCUUUAGAUCCUAAGGACGAUUACAGUUCAUUCAAAAUUGAAGAUAUAUGCGAUCUUGCGAAGAGGGACAUAAACAAUUCCUUACUUUCAUGGAAUGAUGCCAUUAAGAUUUCAAGUGAUCGACAAGCUCUUUGUGCAAAACUCGUGACUUGUGCGACAGAGGGGAAUGAGCUACAACAAAUUUAUGCAGCAUAUGAAGAAAAGAUUGAAACUCUGGAGAUGUCUCAAAGUGCCUUAGAAGAGUUAAUCAUCAAGAAAGAGGAAGAGCUCAAGUGUGCUAUGGCAACCAUUGAGUUGGUCGCAACAAAGGAGCAUCGUUGUCUUGAGUUUGAGGGAAGGUUGUGUGAUGACAUCAAGGGAAAGGUUGUCGGGGCUAUGUAUAGAGAUUAUCAUAAACUUGUAGAGGCAACGGCUCAUGUGGAAGCCAUUAUUCUUGAUGUUGGUCAGGAUGGGAAGCAAGAUGAUAUAUCGAUAAUUUUGAUUGUUCAGGGAAGUAGUAGACCUAGCAAGAAUUGA